AUGGCAGACCACAGCAGACCUCAGCCAUUGUCGUCGUCGGCGUCGACCUCCAGCCAACCUCACCACCACGCCUCAGCCGCCACUGCCAGCUCCGGCCACCCAGCCUCGUCCUCCGCUACCGCCGCCGCCGCCGCCGCCGCCCCGCAGCAGCACCAGCCCGCCGCCCGCCGCCGCGCCGCCUCUCAGUCGUCGGAUGAGGGCCGCCGUUCCGUGAAGUCGUCGUCCAGCAUUUCCGCCCCCCGUCGUUCCAGCGCGAAGGCACCCAGCCCCCACCGCGACGGCUCGUCCCGCACCACCGUUGGAGCAUCCUCAUCCACCGCCGCCGCCAUGCAGCGUUCAGCCAGCCCGUCCGAGGCGCAGACCAAGUACACCAAGACUGGUCGCGUCUCCAAGGCAAAGAAGGGCCUCAAGGUCCACCUGUGUGAAUCGUGCGGAAAGUCGUACACUCGGGCCGAGCAUUUGAGGCGACACCAGCAGAACCACAGCGAUUCCACCUUGCACUGCGACUGGCCCGGCUGCGGAAAGACAUUCCACAGGACCGACCUGCUCGAGCGCCACCGCGAGCGACACCAGGACCCGUCCCAAGCCGGCGACGAUGACGAAACCCGCAGGAGCUCUGUCACGAGCCACAACUCGGCCGCCUCUGCCGGCAUCGUCGCCGCCAACCCGCCUGCACCGCAGUCGGUCGCUCGCGUCGACGCGCCCAUCUACCCUGUCGCUUCGGAUGCUUCGGUGCCACCCUCAACUUCAAGUGCGCCGCCGCCCAUGAAGCACUUCCACCACAAUGCUCCCUACGCGAGGGCACCCAUUGGUGUCGAGGACGUGAUGCACACGGGCUCCAUGUUCGACAGCUACAGGUGGAGCCCCCCUCCGGAGUUCCCAGUGCCUAGCAGUGAUUUCGCCUCUCCCGGCCACAUCACCCAAUAUCCUGCCGAUUUUGGAUACGUCCCGCACCCGUACCCCGCCUAUCGUCCUCGCACGCUCUCCAAUGCCUCCUUCGUCGACUCCUGGGCGCAGCCAACGGCGCCUCGCUCGCCGGCGUCUACCGCCUCGACCCAGCCUUUCUACUGGCUUGACGUGGACCGUGCCGACCAACAGCAUACCUCGUUCUCGGGCAGCUCUGGCGUCCCUUCCUAUGCCACUUCCGAUACCUCCAUCUACAACUACGCCACCGACCACCACCAGAUGCAUCCGUCAUACUUCUCCACCAGCACUACCGCGUCUUACCGGUCCUUUGACGACCUCGACAGCGAAGAGUACCGUCUGUUGUUCCCACCACAACCGCUCGGUAUUCCGUCUAUUGACCGUCAACAGAUGACUGAACACCUCGACAACUACUGGCAGGCCUUCCACCCGCACUUCCCGAUGAAGCACCGCCCGACUUUUGACCUCAACACCGAAAAACCGCUGUGUCUGGCUGCCAUGAUUGCGGUUGGCGCUCAAUACUCCAGUGUCGUUGGCGCAAGGGCGGAGAGCAGGGCGUUGCACGAGAAAUGCCUGAAAGCCCUGGCCAAGCGCGAACACGUAGGUCUGCCGACCGAUGCUCGCAUCUCCGACAUGCAAGCCGUGUUCCUUGUCGAGCUUCUUUCCCAGUUCCGCGGCAAACGCGCAUCGAACAGCCUUUCCGCUACUUUCCAGGGCAUGUUCCGCAAGCUCGCCGCCGAUCACGCUUCUCACCCGACCGCCUCAGUCGAUAGCCUCGUGCCGCUCCCACCGCAUUCAGACGACUUGACCCUAUCCCGCCAAUGGACGGCAUGGAUCGGCGCUUCAGAAAGGACGCGCCUGCUGACAGCAUGCGUCAUCCUCGAAGCGCAAGCGGCAACCCUGCUUGUUCGCCAAGUUGCCGACUCCACGGUGCCGGGCCUCAGCCUUCCCACUCCUGCACCCCUGUCUGCUUGGAACGCCACCCGGUGGGCUUGGCGAAAGAUGCUGCCGCAGCUCAGCAGUCUAUCUCUCAGAAAGGCAGGCGCAACUGCUGCCACCCUCCCGACCGACGGAACAUGCCUUGAUGAAUUCCAAGCCGCGCACGCGGUUUGGACUCACGCCACCCAUCAUGGCGCACCUGGCAGUCUGGAAUCCUCCGACACCUACAGCAGGGCGACACGACUUAACAUUCAUGGUAUCCGUCUCGCAUCAUCAACCCCUCUUCGUGCCCUCCUUGCCGUUGCAGGUGAGACGUGGGUGUUCAGCGAAAAGGUCCGGAGCGACGAGUACGCCGCAGCCAAGGAGACGGUCAAGCACUGGACCGCUAGCCUCGAUGAUUCCACAGUCGCCGACUACCCGCAGCAAGCACGCGACGCCUUGCAGGAAGCGCUUGCGGCUCUUCGCCUUGCCGCCGAAACCAACAUCGUCGACGCAAGCUCGGCCCUUCCAUUUGGCGCCGAGUUUGUCCUGUUCUAUGCCUCCCUGGUCCUUUGGGCCGCUGUUGCUGCAGCCUCUGCCCCACGCAUUCCUUUCACCUUUGUUCCUCCCAUUCUCCCCACUCACCAGCAUCGAGAUGCUCACGAUGCCGUGCGCGCUGCUCAGGCCUUCCUCUCCAAGGAGGUGGCGUGUUUUGCCGAUGCAAUCGACAAGCCGCUGUUGCAGACUUGGUGCAAUGGCACCGAAACUGUCCUUCACUGGGUCUGCGAGGCAUUGAGUGGCUUGGAAGCGCCCGGUGAGCUUGUUGGUGGUUGUGUCCGGGUGAUUGAGGGGCUAAAGCGUAAGGGGUGGGCAGUCGCUUGGUUUUGA